GAGGAGUGCUUGUGACGACAUGAUUUUUCGGUCGGGACUUAAUCCCAGACGACUUCCUCCGCCUCCGGCCGACACCGCGGGUUUUCUUCCCGCUUUCACGCGGCAAAAUGGGAAUCCGAAUCUAAUCUAAUUUAAUCCCUACAAAUUCUUUACGACAGAUCGAUCCCCAAAUUCCCGCAACAAGACCUGCGAUCCGGAGACGGGAAGUCAACCCCCACCUUCGAUCUACGACUGACCCUUCAACCAUUUCAGCUCGGAUCCCUUCCAGCAUUCCAGUUUUAUCCCUGUUUCUGUCGAUUUUCUCUGCCGGUAAGCUGAGCAUUCAUGGGGACGCCGGAGUUUCCCGAUCUGGGGAAGCACUGCAUGGUGGAAGAUUGCCAGCAGAUCGACUUUCUUCCCUUCACUUGUGACCGCUGCAAUCGGGUGUUCUGUCUGGAGCAUCGGAGCUUCAUCAAACAUCAAUGCCCAAAGGCUGAUAAGAAAGAUGUGACGGUCGUAAUCUGCCCGCUAUGUGCUAAAGGAGUCCGUCUCAUUCCCGAUGAAGACCCAAAUAUCACCUGGGAAUCUCAUGUUAACACCGAGUGCGAUCCCUCAAACUAUGAGAAAGUUACGAAGAAGAGAAAAUGCCCCGUCCCUGGUUGUAGGGAGGUCCUCACAUUCUCGAACAUAAUCAAGUGUAAGGACUGCACUUUAGAUCAUUGCUUGAAGCACCGGUUCGGUCCAGACCACAAAUGUCCUGGACCUAAGAAACCUGAAACUGCUUUCUCCUUCAUAAGUGCUCUAAGUAGGAGCAGGAAAGAUACACCAUCAAAAAAACCUACUCAAGUUUCAGCAGGAUCGUCGAAGUGGUCAGCUAGCCUUCUCAGUGCAGCUUCAAGCUUCCGUGCCUCAACUGAAGCAGGAGUGGCGAGACUAGGCAAUGAGUUUAACCGAGCUUUACAGAUAGCAAAAGAAGGGAUGGGCCCGAGCAGUAGUGAUGGAAAUGGGGCAGGAGAAGCAGAGGUGUGCCCUCAGUGUGGUGCAAAGUUUGCUGCAGUUACAGCUUUGAUAGAGCACGUCCAAAAAGUUCACGAGAACGGUGGCAAUCGUAGAGGUGUUCGGAAGGUAACAAUUGAUGUAUGCCCCAAGUGCAGUAGAGGUUUCCGUGAUCCUGUGUCCCUCGUGGAGCAUGUUGAGAGGGACCAUGGCGGCACUUCCAGAGCUUAGUAAGUCUACAAAGGCCUGUCAUUUGGCUGCGUAAUUCUCCUGUUGAUUGUGGUGAUCGAAUUGUUGAUAUUUGUUCAAUUAUGGGUGGAAAGAGUUGUAUAUGCUUCUAUCAUGACUUAUAUAAAUGCCGGGAAUUGGAAUGGUUGGGAAGUGCUGGCUUUUGAACAUCUAUGCUGAUACUAUGGGCAAGCAAGCAAAACAUAUCAGUUCUCUUCUUGUUUACAGCCUAUGGGAUUUGAUUAUGCCUAUCUUCUUGAUAGUCAUACUCAUCCUCCCAAGACCGUGGAAUUCCCGCUUGUCUCUUGUUACUUCUCUGGCUUUACUGGAUAUGGAUACUCAGUGGCUAUGUCCGACUCUGCCGACAUACAAAAUAAGCCUAUCCUCCGUUAUACAAAACAAACCUACGGCAUAUCGAAUUGGACUCUUUCCACCUGGACCGUGUUGGUACCAACAUUAUUGCCUCAUUCAAAAAGGAAACAACUCCUGGAGACACUCGAUUGCUUUGAGUAGUGAAGGUGGCUUUUAAUAGCUGGAUGGCUUUUAUUCUGUCUCAUGUUUGAAAAUUAAUGUGAUUUUUUAUAUGUAAUCAAUGUGUUUCUUUUAA